CUCACCAGUAACCUUCUCUCUCAGGGUGCUCAGGAGGAUUUUAGCUGCAGCCUUGUGGCUGUUUCUCUCCAUGAUUUUUGCCUUGGUGAGCAGAUAGGAAGACUUUGCCCUGAACAGCCCUUACUCCACUGGACAUUGUCUCUGGGGAUAUGACUGGGGAUGCCUCUCCAACCAAAGCGUUCCGAUACCAAGAAACUCUGCUUUAUGGCCAAUACACAGACCAGAUAACCAGAUUUCCAGAGAAGGAAGCAGCAAAACUGCUGAAUAAGAAGCAGGUCCAAAACAACUAUGAACGACCCCUGAAACGUGACAGUCAAGUAGAGAUCAAAGAAGAGCACUAUUCCAAAUGUCAAGACUGUGCUAGGCGCAUCCAGAAAUACGUUACCAGGAAGCUUGGAGAGGACUGGAUUUUCUUGGUUCUGUUGGGUCUGGUCAUGGCGUUGGUGAGCUGGGGAAUGGAUUAUGCCAGUGCGAAGAGCUUACAGGCCUACAAGUGGAUGUACAGAGAGCUGCACCCGAAUGUUCCGAUGCAGUAUCUGGUGUGGGUCGCAUUCCCACUUGCUCUUAUUCUGUUUGCGGCUACCUUCUGCCACCUCGUCUCUCCACAAGCUGUUGGGUCUGGAAUCCCAGAACUCAAGACCAUUAUGAGGGGAGUGGUCCUCAAGGAAUAUCUCACUCUCAAAGCAUUUGUGGCCAAAGUUGUGGCCCUCACAGCUGGGCUUGGAAGUGGCAUGCCUGUGGGGAAAGAGGGUCCCUUUGUGCAUAUUGCCAGUAUCUGUGCUGUAGUACUCAGCAAGUUCAUGUCAAUCUUCUGUGGUGUGUAUGAGCAGCCAUAUUAUUACACAGAUGUCCUGACUGUGGGUUGCGCUGUGGGGGUCGGCUGCUGCUUUGGGACACCACUUGGAGGGGUCCUCUUCAGCAUUGAGGUCACUUCCACCUACUUUGCUGUGCGCAAUUAUUGGAGAGGUUUCUUUGCAGCUACCUUUAGUGCCUUCAUUUUCCGAGUCCUUGCUGUUUGGAACAAGGAUGCAGUUACCAUCACAGCCCUGUUCAGAACAAACUUUCGCAUGGAUUUCCCCUUUGAUCUGCAAGAGCUGCCAGCAUUUGCUGUAAUAGGGAUAUGUUCUGGAUUCCUUGGAGCAUUUUUUGUUUAUCUCAAUCGCCAAGUGGUCCUAUGUAUCCGGCGUCAUACAGCUCUGAGCGAGUUUCUUACCAAAUACCGCCUCGUAUACCCUGGGGUUAUAACCUUCCUUAUAGCAACUGUGACCUUUCCUCCUGGAUUUGGGCAGUUCAUGGCAGGAGAGUUGAUGCCACGGGAAGCCAUCAGCACUCUCUUUGAUAACUAUACCUGGGUAAAAUACACAGGGGACCCUCAGGUCCUAGGGAAAUCUGCUGCCUGGAUCCAUCCUAAAGUCAGUGUCUUCGUCAUCAUUCUGCUUUUCUUCCUCGUGAAGUUCUGCAUGGCCGUUAUUGCUACCACGAUGCCCAUCCCCUGUGGAGGAUUUAUGCCUGUUUUUGUUCUUGGUGCUGCAUUUGGGCGCCUUAUUGGAGAAAUCAUGGCAUCACUUUUUCCCAAAGGGAUUCUCUUUGAUGGCAUUGUUUAUCAAAUCUUACCUGGAGGGUAUGCUGUCAUUGGUGAGUCUCCAUUUCUCUCUUUUUCUUCAUCUGAUCCCUUACCCAUGACUUUUCUGGUUGACAUGAUGUGCUGUUUCUACAUGACAGUCAUCUUCUCUCCUUUUUCCUUUUCCACCCUACCUGGGAAAGGUGCAGCAGCUCUGACAGGAGCAGUGAGCCACACUGUCUCCACUGCUGUGAUCUGCUUCGAGCUGACAGGCCAGAUCUCUCACAUCCUCCCCAUGAUGGUGGCUGUCAUUCUUGCCAACAUGGUGGCCCAGAGUCUGCAGCCCAGCCUCUAUGAUAGCAUCAUCCAGGUGAAGAAGUUGCCCUACCUGCCAGACCUGGGCUGGAAUCACAUAAGCAAAUACAAUAUCUUUGUUGAGGAUAUUAUGGUCCAAGAUGUGAAAUUCGUCUCCUCCAACUGUACAUACCGAGACUUGCAAACUCUACUCCAAAGCACCACUGUGAAGACUUUGCCUUUGGUGGACUCACCAGAGACCAUGAUCCUUCUGGGGUCCGUGGAGCGAUCUGAACUGCAGGCUCUCCUCCAGACACAAAUAAGCCCAGAACGGCGAAGGCUCCUCAACAGAGAAAAGCAGCAGAAGCUGUCUGAGGCACCCUACGACGGGCACAGCAAGGGACCUUGGGCAAACCUGCCAAAGCUAAAGCAUGAAUCUUUUGCUUAUGUCGAUGAGGAUGAGGAUACAGAUGAGAAGGCAGAGCUGCCUCAGCCCCCAAGUCCCACUCCCAGCUACCCAGAGGAGCCCAAUGGCCCAAAAAGUCCUCUUAAACAAAUGCCUGAAACUUUGGAGCCACAGCAGCUCCCAGGCAAUUUCAGGCGUUUGAGGCAACUGAUCCAGCAGCUCUUGUGCCAUUACAACCUUCCACUUGAAACAGAGAGUGCCGUCCAGGAGCCAGUGGAAGUCGUUGACACAAUGAGGCCAGAAGAGAUAGAUGCUUGGGAACAGGAGGAGCUGAACAAAAAUGUGUGCUUUGACAGCUGUCACAUCGACCCUUCCCCUUUCCAACUGGUAGAGAGGACUUCCCUACACAAGACACAUACAUUGUUCUCAUUACUGGGCCUCAGCCAUGCCUAUAUAACCAGUAUGGGGAAGCUGAGGGGAGUGUUGGCUUUGGAAGAGCUCCAGAAGGCAAUAGAAGGCUCCACACGCUCUGGGGUUCGCCUCCGCCCACCCCUUGCCAGUUUCCGUGAUACCAAACGGACUUCCAUCAGCAGUGAGAAGGCCAGUCAAGCCACCCAGGUGUGGAGCUGGCAGGACAACGGCACGGUGGCAGAAGAGCAAGCAGCAAACUUGGGCACAGAAAGCCCACUGCCUCCAUCUUCGCACUCCCCCCAGCCCUCACAUUUACAUGAAGAGGGGGAAGUCCCAUGCUCCACUUAUGCCACUGAUACUGAGCUGGAAGAGAUGGAGCUGACAGGGCCAGUUGCUGAUAGCUUCUCAGACAUCCUCAAGGACAUAAGUCUACGCUCCACUGACAUCGAGGAGGAUGAAGAUGAGGAUGUCCCCUUAUAGCUGGUAUGAAGGGAAUAGUCCUUCAUAUUCUUCAGUUGAGCAAGUCUUCUUGUGUUUGCUCCUCAAAGCGAAGCUUUUGGAGGUUCUUUGCUACCCCCACAGAGGAUCCAUUCAUCUGGGAGAAGGGGCAUUCGGCUGACCUUUUCUUCUGCUGAUUUCUUUCUGUGCAAAGACCGUUAGGCUGUUGGACUAUUGAGGCAUGUGCAGGAGUCAGACGUGGACUGCAAGGUGGCUGAGAGCAGGCUUACAAUGGUUAGGCUUCUGACAUGUCUACAUAACACAGCAGAAGGGAUUGUAACAGGACACGAAUACGGCUGUACAUGCUCAGGGUGCUCUGGAUCAAUCUGCCAUGUGAAAAAUGGAGGAAGAGCAGCUCUUCUCCUUCUCCAUUGCUGCCAUCUUUCCAGUCACACCUGGCCUGCAUACACUAGUGUAAACAGAGCCAGACCUCCAGCCUAGAAGCAUAUUGCUGCUUCUGACUGCAAUCUUGUCCAUGUUGCUGCAGCUCCCACUAGCUUUUAUCUUGCAUCCCCCACCCAAACAUUCCCACGUAGAACAUUUUUUCCUCUUUCUCAGUUUUUACUCUGGGAUUUUCCUGGAUGGGGGUGCAGUUAAGAGCUUCCCCUAGGUCCUUUAGCUGAAUUGUGCCAUAAAAACAGGAGGGAGGAAAAUAUUUGGUCUAUGUCUCAUGUCUUGAAUUCAGCCAGGGCUCUAAGAAAAGCACCAGAAGGGAGGAAAGCCUCUGUUUUCCUAUCAUCUCUGGAAUUUUUAAACAGAACAGGAAAAUCUUAAGUGGGGGCAUCCUCAGCAUUGGAGGAAGAGGAGUAGAAAAACACAUAUGCACCUGUAUUUCAAAUACUUGUGUUUGUCUCUGAAUAACAAUUUUACAAAGUUAUAGUCUUAAAAUACAAGAACUCGAAAAAAAACCAACAAUGGAGUGUUAGCAGGCUGCCAAGAAGUGCAGCAGAGGGAUACCCUGUUUUCUACACUUUGAAACCAGGUUUCUCUCUGAAAACGCUUGCUCUCUCUCCUGGUAAUUUUACCCUGCCUACUUUCCACAUAUUUCUGCAUACCUCAGAUUUGAGUAUUCUGGGUCUCACUUUUGCCAGCUCAUCUCCAUUGUGACUCACAGCAGUGACCUCAACCCUUGUCUGAAGCACCCCUCUCUAUUCCAGUUCUAAACUUGGAGCAGAUCUCGAUCUGUACCUUGCAAAAAGAUGUCUUGUCAGUUUGUGUCAUGCAUGCAAAACCUUAGCAUCUGAAGAUAAGAUGCUGCUUUGUUUCACUCACUGUCCUUAUAAGGUUUUCUCAGUAAAUGGGCAAAAUCAAAUUCUGUGUAUUCUGCAGCUUUCCUCUAACAUUCUCCACCUCUUUCUACCAUACUUUUGAUGUGUUGUGGCACUUAGAUGCAGUCCCAAGAAGCAUAUUGGAUGUGUUUCCACCUAUCAGCAACAGAGAAGAAAUCCAGGCUCUUGAGACUAUGUUCUUCAGAGUAUUCUCCUGGAUGUUGGGCCACAUAUUCUUUCCCAAUACCAGUAAAGCCUUAUGUAACUUAAGAGCAACCAGUUUCACCUUAACAGGUGGUUUUCAUAAGCUGUCUGAGAAGUAAGCAAAAAAAAAUCAUUACCUCAAACUCAGUCUCCCUAGGAAAUUUCCCUAUUUGUUUUAACUCCAAGGACUGACAUUGCACCAAAUCCUCUCUGAUGAUGGGUGGGAGAGUCUAUGACAAGGUUAUAGUAAAGGGACAUCUCUCCCCAGCUAGUGUCUUGAAGACAGAGCAAUUUACUUUUACUGUCUGGAAUUCAGAGCCUCCCAGCCCUGAAUUGUCUUUGACAUGUGUCCUGUCUCUAUAAGGUAACUGGGGACAGCCUUUCCUUGCCUAAGUGAUCUUCAGUUCUCCAAGGAAAACCCCGCUCUUGUGAGAAGACAGUGGUGAUCUGAAGGCAAGUCUCUUGCAUACACCAGCUGCUUGCCUCCACUAGAGGGUUGUGGCACAUUUCUGGCUGCCAGGCAUUAGCAUACAGCCUCCCUGCUACCUUUAGGUCACCUUCCCCUGUCUGCAGAGAACAGGCAAAAGAACUGCUAUUUGUUUUCUCAGGGAACUAUGUUAGAAAGAGGGGAAAGGACAUUCCUUUCAAAAAGCCAUGAAUGUGCAGUGUGUGGCAAUACUCUGAGACCCAAUCUUUGUGAUCUCAGGGUCCACACACUCUCAGGAAGGAUGAGUUUCUCCAAGUCAGGCCCAGCAUAUUACUAGCAAAUACAGAUUUACAUUUUGCAGCUCUGCCAAACGCCUGCACUGAGACAGAUGAGACAAGAAGAAACUUUGAGGCUGGAGUCAAUACACCUCCCCCUCUUCUCUCCUGAAUACAGAUAUGUGUUAUGUAUGCUCCAGUCCCACACUUCUCCUACGGUGUGUUACAGAAGAACUGGGAUCUGACUAGCUGAGAAAGCAGAUGGAGUCUAAAUCAAAGCCACAGAGCGUGUGAGUCAUGACAGACAGAUUGUGAGCUGAGGGAGAAGAAGCUGGAACAAAAAUGAUGCACGUGGAGAGGCCUGGGGAGUUCAGAGAAAGACACAAGCUAACCUGGAAAGUUUCUUGAUGUUUGUCACCUGAGAGUACAAGAGCACACACGUGUGUGUCCAGAUAAGCACAUAGACAUACUGCUCCAUUCCUAUUGCCUUUAGCUGUCCCAGAACUACAUUGAGGAGAUGGACUGCUCUCUGUGGGGAAGCUGAAAGGUGGGUGUUACUGAUGCUCUUUGGAGGCCUUACUCAACCUUUAUUCCAGGUAUUUUCCCACCCUUGGAGCAGAAGCAGCAUUCAUCUACGCCAUUUCCUCACCUGGGAAAAAGUAAGCAUACAUGAAUGUGUAUAGGGAGCCAGGAGGGUACAAAAAAAACAUACUGCAAAAUGGUUUGCAAUGGCUGAAGAUGUUUCCACUUCCAUUUCACCAAUAAAAUCUUCAGUGAGCUGAUGUCAAGUACUUUAAUAGGUGUAAAACGUGCAGUGAACUGACACUGAACCUUUGUCAAGGGAACUCUAAGCUUGCACCCUCUUGGGCAAUUCUGGUAUACCCCCUCAAAGUUUAAAUUUGAAACUUUUGUCCAGGAAAAAAAGACACACUAAUCUAUCACUUAAAACCUGCAACUCUCACCCUAUCCAAGUAGCACAGGCUUGGAUACCUACACAUAAAAAUUUUUUCCCCAACCCAAAAUAUCACCAAAUUCAUACUAGCACUGCAGCUUUCCCAGUCAGCUAGAAAUUCAAAUCUCAGAUCUGUCCCCAAAAAUCCAAACACAGACCUUGAAAAACAAGAAGCUCUGAAACUGUUUUGAACCACGGGAGCUUGCUUUCCUCCUAAAUAGCAUGUGCAGUUGCUUAGAAUCAUUGUUUUGGGCAGAAAUACAUGUUACACCAAGCUUGCCACUACCACUCAAAGCACUAAAAUAGAGCUGAUCUUGUUCAACAUUUUCAACUCCAAGCACCUGCUGUACUGUAAUUGUACCCAACAUAUAAUAGUCUGAAAAGAAUACAAGAGUGAAAAAUCUUCACUAAAGCAGAAAAUUUUCGGACAACACCAUCACCAUCUAAAAAAUUCCUUUCACUUUGUAUCUUCAAGAUAAAUGCAGUCUUAAUGUGAACUAACCAGUUUACUGGCAUUCAUUUAAUGAAGGCAAGAAGUUACCUAUUAAAUUUUAAUCUAGUAAAAAGUUAAACCCUUCCUUUUACAUGGCAUUUAAAUGUGAAAGCAGAAGUCUUGGUUUUUAUCUCAUAAAUAUAAAGAACUGAAAAAAUAAGGAACACUUAAGGUUGACAAGACAACAGAUUGGGCUUUGAGUAGUUAAUAUUAGGCUAAGAGACUUGGUCAUGUUCUGGAUGAAGGAGAAAACGCAUGGAGAUGGAAUACUGGACAAUGAAAAAAUUUGCCUAAACAAUGUAACUUCUUUUAGUUGGCAAAUUAUUUCUAGUUUGCUAACCCUAUGGACCAAACCAGUUAGUACAAGCAGACAUAGGGAGACAGACAGAAUCAAAGGUUCGUCCAAAAUAACUUCCUCCCUCUCCAAAGUUAUGCAAACACUGUAUAGAAGUGUGUGCUUUGUGGCCAAAGAGUACAAGACAGGGCAAUAACCAGCUCAGCAAGUAAAGAUCCCUCUUUACCAAAAUAGUCCAACCCCAGGAAGGUUCUAAUUAAAAAUACUGUUAUAGCAAGCACUAAGUCCUUCAUGGCCACAUAAGCAAGGAUCUGAAUACAACUCUCAUAACAAUUUAAUCAACACUAGAGACCAAUAAUUAAUAUUUCAGCACAAAAGCCAUGCCUGAGCAUUAGUAUGCUCAAACAGAGAAUAACAUUUAUCUUAAGCCAUGUGAUGCAAAACUUUUUAAGGCUUUAUUUGUGUGAGGCAAGCUUAAACUGGUCCUGACCAUAAACCACAGGCCCUCUCUGUGUGACCCCCUCCUACCGGAUGGACAACCCUGUGCAUGUGCACUCACACACACACACACAAACAUUAUCUUUUUUAAAAUCAAGCUCUGCAACUGGGUUUGCCUGUGGUUUGAGUCACAUCCCUCUUCCUUAGUCUGCUGGAAGUCAGUAAGUCCUGGUGUAGCCUCUUAGAACUAAAGACAUUACUGUGGACACUGCUGGGAUUGGUGUGCUGGCUAAAUUAAGCCAGUCUCAGCCAAACCUAUUACUAGUUCAAGCACUGGCCUUUUUGAAUGAGCAUUUGCUCACAUCCCAGCAGUCUUGGUGUGCUGCUUGUGCAAACACCCUGUGCUCCAUAGUAAAACCAGUUACUGAAUCAUAGCUAGCCAACUUGAAGGAUUGCACCUGAUAUGGAGGACAAAGUACAUUGAGGAAAAGUCCAGUAGCAAAUUUAUAAAGGAAACAGGAUGUAGAGAUAUUAAAAUAUGAACUGGCUGCUUUAUAUGAAGAACACUCUAAAAGCUGCUAAUAUCUGGCUAUUUACUGAAUAGCUACUUGUUUAGUUUGAAGAACAAAAAUAUAAGACCUAUAAUUCAGAAUUAAAAGUCACACAGUCAUACAAACUCAAGUUAAAAGCUUUUCAGUUUUUCCACACAAAAGCAAGUACAAAAGACAGUAGUAGAAGGUUUAUGAGGAAUACAUUUGCCGAAAAAACUUAAUUUGCUUCUUCCCCCCUGCAGACUUCUAUAGCACUUAGGCAAGUGGGCUGUGACAUGGUUGGAUUAUGACCAAACACGUCACAGAAUUUUAUGCUUAAAUCCAAUUUGCAGUUUCUCUGGCACAGAAGAUAUGAACUGUCUGAGAGACUAUAUAGAAAAUACACUUGUAGCUGGUAAAGUGCAGAGCCAGUGAGGUGUGCAGCAAGAAUGCCCUCCUUAUUUACUGUUUUCAUUAACAACUUGGAAGUGACAAAAUCUUGUAAGACAGUAACAUGAGAGAAAUGUGGUAGAUUGGCCAUCUAGUCUAAACAGAGAAAUAAGCAGCAAGUGGAGAUCAGAGACUGGGGCAGAUACCACAGAAUGAGGUUCAUGUUGGCACUAAGCAGCUAAAUCCAGAGGGGUAAAUCUGACUAACCUCUUUACUGAGGGGUAAAUCUAGACUAAUAUGAUGCUAUAUGUGUUCUGUUAGGUGAAGCACUCAGCAGCUGGACAUCAUCUUUGUAGCAUAAUGAGAAAUUAAGAAAAAAAAGGCAGUUUUGCUGUGCAGAGGUCAGCUUCCAGACUCAGAGACAUAUUAUUUUCCCAGGGACUCAAGUGUUAAAUGUGUGUGGAAUAAUUUAUUUAAUUUGACAUGCUACAUUUAAAAAAAAAUGAUGAUUUAGAGGCCAUCAGGAAAAAAAAAGAACCAACACGUGAGCAAGUAGUAGCAGACUCAUAGGAUUGAGGGGGGGAACCACCAAAAAAAACCCUAAAGGAGUUAAGUAUGUGUGUCUUAUCCAAGUCACAAUUAAUUAUAUGAACAUAAUUAUGCAGACAUACCUACCAAGGGGCGAGUGCAAAUCUAUUCAGUACCAAAGGAAGGUAAACUGGAAGGAAGCAAAUUAACUUCAAAUAGAACACAGAAAGCGAAGACGAGCUAAAUCGCCCUGACUGUGAAAUAUACUGUGCCUUAGGAGGACAAGUGGCACUGCUCAAGCCCUCUAAGAACCAGUGGAAAAGUGCAAGGAUCUUGAAAAGGAAAUAGGUGUCUUUUAGGGCUAGAGCUUAAAAUUCUCAUGUGGUAAACAAAGUGCUACUGGAUCUGGCCUAAUGUCCUAAAUCAGAAGCAGAUGAUACAACAAUGUUGGAAGUGAUGCUCCUUUCCCUCUGGGUCAACGAAUUCUCCAACCUGCUAUAAGGACAGCACGCUGAGAGCACUAAUUUAAAACUGAAAUGUGAACCCAGUGUCUUGCCACCCAGUAUCAGUGCCUUUUACAACCCCAGCAUCAUACUCCUCCUUGUGUUCUGUCCUAACCUGCUGUUGUGAAGCUUCUGACUUGGUACCAGAUGUGUUUGCAUGUCACCACUAUUGGGACAAAACUUAUAUAUUUCAUCUGGAAAAUUCUGUUUCAGUGUAACAGGAAAAGUCAUUCUGUAUUAAACUAGAGGAUACUGUUGAUGUGAUGCUCUCUAUCAUCAAAUCUGCCACAAUGGCCAGGAAUUUUUCUCAUGAUAGUCACAGGCAAAAAUGAGAUUUUAGCCCUGUAUGGUCAAAUACAUGAUGUGCUUAUCUUCUUAAUGAGACAUAGUCUAUUACGUAUUUCCUACUCUGGGAUGCUUCACCAAGCCACCAUGGAUGCUUUUCAAUGUCCUUCAUCAGAUUGUCUCAUUGAGACCCACCCCCUCUUCCUAGGAUCCUCCUUCCUCAGGCGCAACUCCCCUGGAACCAGUCCCACAGAAAUAAAACACUUCCACCAGCCAGGAUGGCAAGACCACAUUCUGUUUAAUAACAACUCCAUAAAGGACUGUACAUGCUAUUUUGAGCUACCUCCCCUCCUUUACUGUGGUUGCUGCCACAUACAGGCAUGGAGGUGUAUAAUGCCAUAUAGUUUCCUAAGUCCAUAUGUAGUGUGUGUACAUGUAUGUAUGUGGUUGUACAUGUAUGUAUUUAUAUAUAUCUUUGUAGAAGUGUUAUCUCAUAAGUCACAUUAUCAAAACAUGCGAAGUACAUCCAACAAAAAUUUUCAGGCAAAUAUGUUUUGGAGCUGGAAGACCAAAGGCAAAUCAGACUCAUUUUAGUUAUUAAGGGCUAGUGUGGGACAAGGUAAGGAUGAAAGUUUUCAAUAGUAGGUCCCUUUCCCUUUUUGUUUUACUUCCAUUCAGUACUUUCCCCCCAAACAUCAAUGCACCUCUGUAAACACUAGCUUGAAAAAAUACAUAUCAUCACCAUGCAGCUUCCCCACUACAGGAAGUGUGUACAGGCUUGGGGGAAGCUCUUUAAAAUUGCUUUUUGGUAACCUCUAUUGUACCAUACCAUACGCUUAUGCUAAAGCAGUUUCAGAUACUGAGAAUACAUUUGAAGACUCAAGUCUUUAGUUACUUUUUAAUGUGCUUCAGGAAUCCAUUCCACACGCCACCCCCGAAUCGCCCAUCCACCACCCUUCUACCUCCCAAAUUCUCAGUCUGUAUCCUUCCGUAUCUGAAAAGAACUGAAACAAGAGAAAUCCUGUUCCCUGUAAAAUUACUUCUGACUCCCGAUUUUAUACUGUAGGGAUUCUGAGAGACCUCCAAUCAUGCACCACAUCCACAAAUCAGAGAAGAAAAAUUGAAGCCGAACAAGAAUAUAUGCCUGCAAAAGAGCUUUUUGCUUGCUAUAUUGCUCACGCAUGCAGUAUCUGAAAAGAGGGGAAGUCCACCUCUACUUGCCUCAUGGGAACUUGGCAGAGCUCUAGAAGAGAGUUCUUAACCUUUUGACCUCCAAGUCAUGACUGGAUUUCCCUGCCCAAUGAAAAUCAUUCCAGAAGGCCAGUUAAAUCUGGACUAGAUGCCUUUAUUGUCUUAGAAGUAAAUCUUGGCACAUGAUCUUGCCCCAUAAUGGAGAAAAGCCUUUUAGAUGCCUUUGUCUUGCUAGCAUGGUCAUUUGAUCCCUAUGGGAAAGCAAAAACAAGUAUUUAAAAAGUCCUCAAGUCAUAGGAGACGAGGAAGAUCCACACUAGGAAGAUCCACACUAGCAUUCUUCUCAUAGAACACUGCAAUCUCUCUCUUCCUAGAAGACAGCAGCUAUCACUCAUCAGUAAGGUAAGUCCUGCCCAUGGCAGGAGGGUUGGAACUAGAUGAUCUUUUAUGUCCUUUCCAACCCAAACCAUUCUAUGAUUCUAUGAUACCUGCACUGAGAACAUUCUUGAACAAGUCUUUACAGUUUUAGUAAACAUACUCUUUUUCAGAAAGUCACAGCCUGACUAAAUUUUUCCUCUUCCAACAACAUACAUCUGCACUGGAAAAAUAUAUCACAUAUUUAUUUUCUUUUGUGCAAACCAACACUGACACUGAACUUGCUUCUCUUGAUCUCCAGGAAAAGAUAAAACUUUGUUCUGCCUGUGCUGGGGAAAAACGUCAGUGCAAGGAUGUAAAUAGACCCUGAUGUUCUAACCACAGAUCUUCCAUGUCCAUUUAUUAACAUAAUAACCAUUUGUCUUCAUCCCUACCCCAGUCAAUUCAGGAAGCUGGCUGCUCAGAGAGCAGUGUACCCAGCAGUCUUGCUCAGGCUCCAUGACACUUUUUGAGACAGAGAAACAUCGAUACGGCAGAGAUGCGCAGCUGUUCUCCUCUGCUCUUGUGCAGGUUCACUACUACCCAGCCUGGGAAAAGCCUAUGAUACAAAAGAGACAUCUGGCAUUGACUUUAUAGCUUGCAUUCAUAUUUGAGACUGUGCUUUAAUGACUGUAGGCUGUCCUACACACAUAUUUAGUUCUAAUAAGCACUAAUUUAUCCACACUUCCCCUGUUUACUUUUCCUUUCCCUGAGCCAGAACUUUGAAAUCUUUCCCUAUCAGAUGGCUACAGGGGAGGAGAAUGAAAGAUGAAGUUAUUAUUUAUUUAUACUUUUCUAGAUGUAAGGGCACCAUUUGCUGAUAAUCUCUGUAUUGGAAUGGUUGGGGGUGGGUGGGGGGUUGCUUUCCUUUCUUUUCCUUUUUCUUUUCGAAAAAGUUCAAGAGUUAGUUUAAAGGAAAGGCCAGAUUGCUUAGAGUUGUCUGAACGUGGAACAUGGGAAAUUCCAUCUGGGAGAAAUUAGAAGGAAGAGCUUAGAUUACGCCAACGUUGCUCUGCUCUCUACAACAUUUAGAGCUGGAUUUAUUUCGGUUUGCCUCUCCUGCUAAGCAAUUACCAAUACAACAGUUAAGGCAUACUGAGCUAAAUUUAGAUAUUUUGGGUUUCUAAUGAGAGCAGAAUUCACAUUAACUUUAUUUGCACAAUGACCAAGUUCUUAUGUGGUGUAUUUCUUAUAUGAUUCCCCUGAAGAAUCAAGCAUAUUAUGAACUGUGUUUCAAAGAUAAUGAAAAAGAAGCCACUAGUUACCCAAGUAUAGGAACGUCUCUUUCCUAUCACUCUGUCAUACAGAAAGAAGUGUGGCUUGGACCAAGGAGUACCAAUCUGCUGCACCAAUCCUGGAGCUACAACUUGUGUAGCAAUUCUCUAACUGAGCCCAUUCUGCCUGGACUCUGCCAUGAAGGUUCCUGCCUGUGUUGUGUAAACAUAAGAUAGCUUUUCUUGACCUUGUUCCCAAGCCUUUCUCACAAUGCCUUUCCCUCACUGGCUACACUUUUCCUUGCUGUUGCACAGAGCACACACAGUUGUCCACAAGCCUGUACUGUUGUACACUACAUUGCAUCACCACCGUACCUCAUAUCUCUGCCAAAUGAAGAAAAUUAUUUUCUUCUCUCCAGUUCUCUUCUCUGGACCUCUAACUAAUAUUUUUCAGUUGCUGUUGUACACAGUGCAUCUUGCUCAGACCCUGCCAAGGUGCAAAGUGCAUUCUGGAUCUCUCACUAGAUUGGAACUGGCUUAAAGAUAAGACUAAACCUCAGUUUCAACAGUUGUGCUUCACUCCCGCACAAGGUUCUGCCUCUUGCAAUUACAGGAGAACACUUCUCAGUACCUUUAGCUGCCAUGGAGUGUACUCACUGAGUGCAUACGAGAUUUGUGCAUGAUUAUUUUAUUAAUUUCAUGUGCAUAUCAAGUUACUCAUCUCCUUCUGCCCGAUUGCAAGGGUUUAUCUCAAAGGAGCCUGUAGAAGGGUAUGGAAUAGUGAGGGAAAUAUCAGGGCAUUAAAUAACAACAAAGAACAAAUCAGAUGACAGCAUACUAGAAAUUAGAAGGAAAAUACCAGGGAAGAAAGGGGGCACAUGCCCUCCCUGGUACCCUAGCUGAGUUUAUUCUUCUUGGACAGAUAUUUCAGUCAACUUAAGCAAUUUAAGUUGCAUCUGCAAACAAAGAAAUAUUCUUCAACAUGAUCACCUGCACUUUUCACCAUCCCUCGGUGAUGUGUGCCUCACCAAAUGAAAUUAUACAAGGAGCUGAUCCCACUGAAACCCUUAUUUUGAUAGGGGACUAGGUUAGUUUUCGCUAUUGGGCCAGUUCCUGAGCAGCCAAAGGAGUGUUAGCGCUGGUGCUUCUUAGGCAGUAGAAGUAUAUAGCUGGUGGUGACAGAAGGAGGCAUGACAGCUCCUUUUAGCAGCUGAGACUUCUCAUGAAGAUGCCAUUUCUAAGUGUACUUUCCCAGUACCCCUAACCUGAUAUAAAAGCCAGCUGCUGAGAAUAGUACUCGCUCUCCCUCUGCUCAUAGCUGUUCCUUCUUCACUUUUACAGUAGGGUAAAAGAGCACUGGUUUGCUGUGGGGCCAGCUGUGCACCAGCAUCCACACAGGGGCUGUGGGAAGUGAGCACAGUCAGGCCUCCUUUCAGAGCAGCUGGCCAUUUGGUCAGCUUAGAGGUACAGUUAAACUCCAUUUUCUCCUGCACGCCUGUCUUCAAAAGUGAUGGUAAAGUUUUUUAGCAGGAAAAGUAAGUGGGUUACUUGUCUGCAGCUUCCCAGAAGAAGAUAAUGAUUUAGAGGCACAGAAACUGAAAGAA